AUGACGGAGGAUCAUGAAAGCACAGGUGGAAUGGAAGCGGGGACCGGCCCGGCCCCUCCCCUCCGCCCCCCCCCCCCCGUCCCCCCGCCCGCCGGUGCCGGCCGUGGCUGCGGCUCACCUGGUGGGCGGAGGAACGAGGCCUCCGACCUGCUCCGGGCCGCUCCGGCUGCGGGCUCCUCCGGCUCCUCCGGCGGCCGGGGGAAGGGGCGGGGCCCACGGGGCCCGGGGACCCGCCCCCGAGGCCCGCCCAUUGGCCCGGGACACGCCCUAGCCCCGCCCCCGGGCCCGCCCAUUGGCCCCGGACCCCCGACGCCCCGCCCCCAGGCUCCAGGAGCCCCGCCCACUGGCCCCGCCCUCCGAGGCCCCGCCCCAGGUUCCAGGAACCCCGCCCAUUGGCUCCGGCUCUCCCCGAAGCCCCGCCCCCAGAUUCCAAGAGCCCCGCUCAUUGGCCCCGGCUAUGACCUAAGCCCCGCCCAUUGGCCCCGGGCCCCCCGACGCCCCGCCCCCAGACUCCAGGAGCCCCGCCCGUCGGCCCCGCCCCCCGAGGCCCCGCCCCAGGAUCCAGGAGCCCCGCCCUCUGGCCCCGGCUCCCCCCCCCGAAGCCCCGCCCCCAGAUUCCAAGAGCCCCGCUCAUUGGCUCCAGGAGCCCCGCCCACUGGCCCCGCCCUCCGAGGCCCCGCCCCAGGUUCCAGGAACCCCGCCCAUUGGCUCCGGCUCUCCCCGAAGCCCCGCCCCCAGAUUCCAAGAGCCCCGCUCAUCGGCCCCGGCUAUGACCUAAGCCCCGCCCAUUGGCCCCAGCCCCCCCGACAUCCCGCCCCCAGGCUCCAGGAGCCCCGCCCGUCGGCCCCGCCCUCCGUAGGCCCCGCCCCAGGUUCCAGGAGCCCCGCCCACUGGCCCCGGCUCCCCCCCGAAGCCCCGCCCCCAGAUUCCAAGAGCCCCGCUCAUUGGCCCCGCCCCCAGGCUCCAGGAGCCCCGCCCACUGGCCCCGCCCUCCGAGGCCCCGCCCCAGGUUCCAGGAACCCCGCCCAUUGGCUCCGGCUCUCCCCGAAGCCCCGCCCCCAGAUUCCAAGAGCCCCGCUCAUCGGCCCCGGCUAUGACCUAAGCCCCGCCCAUUGGCCCCAGCCCCCCCGACAUCCCGCCCCCAGGCUCCAGGAGCCCCGCCCAUCGUCCCAGCCCUCCGCCCCGCCCCAGGAUCCAGGAGCCCCGCCCAUCGGCCCCGGCUCCUCCCGAAGCCCCGCCCUAGGUAUCAGGAGCCCCGCCCAUUGGCCCCGGUUCCCCCCCGAACCCCGCCCCCAGAUUCCAAGAGCCCCGCUCAUUGGCCCCGGCUAUGACCUAAGCCCCGCCCAUUGGCCCCAGCCCCCCCGACAUCCCGCCCCCAGGCUCCAGGAGCCCCGCCCAUCGUCCCAGCCCUCCGUAGGCCCCGCCCCAGGAUCCAGGAGCCCCGCCCAUUGGCCCCGGCUCCCCCCUAAGCCCCGCCCCCAGAUUCCAAGAGCCACGCUCAUUGGCCCCGGCUAUGACCUAAGCCCCGUCCAUAGGCCCCGCCCUCCGAGGCCCCGCCCCCAGGUUCCAGGUGCCCCGCCCACUAGCCCCGGGUCCCCUCGAAGCCCCGCCCCCAGAUUCCAGGAGCCACGCUCAUUGACCCCGGCUAUGACCUUAGCCCCGCCCAUCGGUCCCGCCCUCCGUAGGCCCCGCCCCAGGUUCCAGGAGCCCCGCCCAUUGGCCCCGGUUCCCCCGAAGCCCCGCCCCCAGAUUCCAAGAGCCCAGCUCAUUGGCCCCGGCUAUGACCUAAGCCCCGCCCAUUGUCCCCGGCCCCCCGACGCCCCGCCCCCAGGAUCCAGGAGCCCCGCCCAUUGGCCCCGCCCCAAGCCCCGCCCCCAGGAUUCAGGUGUCCCGCCCAUUGGCCCCGGCUAUUACCUAAGCCCCGCCCACUGUCCCCGGCCCCCGAAGCCCCGCCCCCAGGCUCCAAGAGCCCCACCCAUUGGUCCCAGCCCCCCUCGUCGCCCCGCCCCCCAGGCUCCAGGAUCCCCGCCCAUUGGCCCCGCCCCCCGGCUCCAGGCCCCGCCCCCCGGCUCCAGGCGCCCCGCCCAUUGGCCCCGGCCCCGCCUGAAGGCCCGCCCCCAGGCACCAAAAGCCCCGCCCAUUGGCCCCGGGGCCGCCUACGCCCCGCCCCCAGGCUACAGGCCCCGCCCCCAGGCUCCAGGCACCCCGCCCAUUGGCCCCGGCCCCCCCGAGGCCCCGCCCCCAGGCUCCAGGCCCCGCCCUCUCCCGGCCGGCGCAGCCUCGGCCCCCUCCCUGUUCCUGCCCGGCCCGCCCCCCCCGUGGCUGGGAAUGGAACUGCCCGGCUGCGGCCUGGGGCCGGCCGGGCGGGUGGGGCAGUGUCGCCCCCUGGCGGACGGAGCCGCGCGGUGCCGGGAGGUGCGCAGUGUGCCGGCCCGGAGCCACAACCGCGAGAGCCACCGGCAAGUCGCUUGA